UCCCGCUGUAGCGAUACCGGAUCUGCUCCUCACGCAGGGCGCCUCACACGCACAUAGGUUGAAGGUUGAAGGUUGAAUACCCAAGGAGACUAGACUCCAGAACACGGAGUGACCGACCGAACGGAGUUACGGAGUGAGAACGUGACCCAGACUUGAACCAGACGGCACCCUCUCCUUCUCCUCACAACCCCCAAAUUGAACCAGUUUACUUCCACGAUUAUUUGCAGCGGGCUAACCACAACAAUCUCUUUUCUUUGAAACUUUUUAUCGAACAUAGAUGUACAAACAACACCUCUAUCUCUCCCAGUAAAUUUUCCGUCGAGGGAGUUUGAAUUAGAGUGUAGAAUCUGUAAACUGGUUUCCACCAACGAAAUAAUGGCCGAAGAAAAGGAGUCUACGUCGAUUCCACUAAGUCAAGGUGAUGGUUGCGAAGAUCCCGAAGAUCCUGCAAAGUCUCCUCCAAAUUCUCCCAACUCGUCCACUCGUAAGGCUUGCUAUGCUGUUCUCCAAAGUUGGGUCUCAAAAAAGUUCAUGACUGGAUGUGUAGUUCUUUUCCCUGUUGCAGUUACAUUUUUUGUUACAUGGUGGUUUAUCCAGUUUGUUGACAGUUUCUUCAGUCCAAUAUAUGCUAGGCUUGGCAUUGACAUAUUUGGGCUUGGAUUUGUCACAUCUCUAGUUUUUGUAUUUUUCGUUGGCAUAUUUGUUUCAUCAUGGAUGGGUGCCACUGUCUUUUGGCUGGGAGAAUGGUUUAUAAAGCGGAUGCCCUUUGUAAGACAUAUAUAUUCAGCCUCAAAGCAAAUCAGUGCAGCUAUUUCUCCAGAUCAAAAUACCACUGCUUUUAAAGAGGUUGCAAUUAUACGUCAUCCACGUGUAGGUGAAUAUGCAUUUGGUUUUAUCACAUCGUCAGUUGUUCUUCAGAGAGAUAAUGGUGAUGAAGAGCUCUGUAGCGUUUAUGUCCCUACAAAUCAUCUAUAUAUUGGUGACAUUUUUCUGGUUAACUCUAAAGAGAUCAUAAGACCAAAUCUCUCUGUUCGAGAAGGAAUAGAGAUCAUAGUUUCUGGAGGUAUGACAAUGCCACAACUAAUCUCUCCUCAUGAAAGGAUUCCUCGUCAGGGAGAUCGGAUCCCUCUGAACAGAAUAAUAUAAUAGCUUGGAUUACAUAUCUGGUUUACAGGGUUAGCCUGUUAUAUUAUUAUCCAGUCAUUCACAUUUGUAAUUGAUGGGAUUUCCCCAUUCUAGGGCUUCUAUCUUUUUCUUUUCUUUUCUUUUCUUGUGCACUUUCUGCAUCUGCUGGAUGCUGUAUCUUGUACUAGUGAAGAUGUGCAAUAUAUGUUGGAGAUCUGGUUCUUACUUUGGUGUUGCA